AUGUCUUUGUCUAUAACUGACCUAUUUUCGGUCGAAGGCCUCGUGGCUGUCAUCACUGGCGGUGGCACUGGAAUAGGGCUUAUGAUAGCAAAAGCCCUUGAGCAUAAUGGUGCUAUUGUCUACAUUCUCGGGCGUCGCGAAGAGGUCUUGAAGAAUGCAUGCAAGCAAGAAAAGCACCAAAAUUUACGCUAUAUUGUCGCCGAUGUUACGGACAAGGUAUCUCUUCAAAAUGCCUGCAACACUGUUGAGAACGAAGUGGGCUACAUCAACCUGCUAGUCAAUAACUCAGGCAUUAUUGGACGAUGGCAUAAUUCGAUACCGAGACCGCAACCUUUCCCUCAACUCCCAGAUAAUUUUAUUAGCAAAGAGGCAGGUAGCGACUUUACAAACGUUCGGGGCAUCAGAGACUUUCUUUGGAAGGACGAACCUAGCGAUUGGAGCAGUGUGUUCAACGUCAACGUGACGGGAAUCUGGUUGACAACGAUCGCAUUUCUGGAACUGCUGGAUGCCGGAAACAAGAGGAAAAACUUUGCUGCUCAGAGCCAAAUAGUUACUAUUGGAAGCAUCGGUGCAUUCCAACGACUUCUAGGUACAUCGUUUUCUUACAAUCCGAGCAAAGCAGCCGCAACUCAUCUCGCAAAGAUGUUCGCGACAAACUUUGCGCAGUGGGGAAUUCGUUCGAACGUUAUCGCACCAGGUGUUUAUCCCUCAGAGAUAUCCGCUGGCACGAACACAAUGGACGAAAAGAAUAGGAACCAGCUGCCCCCGAAGAUAUCACCAGCAGAGAUUCCUCUUGAAAGAUUUGGUGGCGAGCAGGACAUGGCAUCCGCAAUACUAUAUCUGGCCAGCUGUGGCGCACGAUAUCUCAAUGGGUGUGUGAUCAUAACCGAUGGUGGAAGACUUGGAGUCGCUCCAGCAGUUGCUUAG